UCAAAAAGUUUUCCAAAUUUGAACAAACUUAAACGGCAGUGAUUAUCCAAGUAUUCUGUGGAAAUACUUUUAAAAGUUUAAUACCUCAUCUUCAUCGAACCCAAUCGGUGAUUCUCGUUCGCGUUCGCACGCGCCCAAAAGCGGCAAAAUAAGUACAUGUUAAUUUUACGCUGCAUGCAUCGUCGUCUUGGGGCGCUUGUAGUACAUUGGCUAUUUAGGUUCUGCUGGAAGCCGGGUGGCAAAAGGCAAAAGAGUCGUCAGUACUUCCCACCCAUCAUCCCGUAGAUUACCGUUGCUAAAUAAAUGGUAGAACAUCGGUAACCAUUCCAUUCACCGUUUGGUUUUACGGAGAUCCGCGAGGGUGGCUUAAAUAAUUUGCCUAUGCGCUAAUGGUAGUUAGGUAGGUGGUAGAUGGUAACUAUCCGGUGUGUUCCAUUCCGACCUUGCUGCGCUUGCCACCGGGUUUGUAAAAUGAAGUUCAACCAUUGUGACUAGUUAUGGCAACGGGUAUUGAAGUUCGCUGGUGGGUCGUUUCUAUGGAGGAACGCAGUUCGGUGUCAUGGUUACGUGGGUUGCUUGACGGCGGUAUUUGUUUUGAUCGAUGCGAGCGCACAAAACAGUGCUGAGUUUCGCAGUUUCGGAAGGUAGAAAGUGUGAAAAUGACUACGCCACCCGGAAAAGGUCCCAAGAAAAAACCGCUACCGUACUACAUGCAGCGGUCAGAGGACACGGCACUUCCCUCGUUUCAAAAUCGUCGCACGCUGGCUGACCACGUGAAGGACAAUAUGCUGUGUGCCGGUCGUAAAUCGUAUUUUCAGCGAAUUGUUUAUAUCGGACGACAUCCGAAGGUUUCGGCCAUGACAAUCCGCGAUCAGUUCUUGAAGGUAAUUAAGGAGAUGCAGGAGAAAACAACCAACGAAGUCAAACUGUUUGGGCUAAUGAUCAAUUUCGAUGGGUACUCAAUGCACAUGAUUGAAAGCGCAGAGGAAACCAUUGGAGAGUACAUGAAAUAUCUGGCUUCUAGUGAUCUAUUUGACAGCAGCCGAGUAGUGCUGGUGUAUAACAACAUCAAUCAGAGAUUCUUUCGUAAGUUGGUAUGGAGAUUUGCCGACUAUUUGAAUGCUCUGGUGCCUACGGUUAUUGAUGACAAAGAUCCGGAUGUGAUACAAAAUACUAUCAAUGAUUUCAUGAGAAAAGUUUACACACUCUGCAAGAUGGUUCGGACAGAAGAACUGGAUGAAAGAACUGCUUUCAAAUCUCUCUACUUGGAUGAAAACUAUGAGGAACACACUCCGGAUGUUGUCCUGCUGGAAUAUUUGCUCAGUUUGAAUUGUCUAUUCACUAUACAGGAGUACGGGCAGUUCUACGGAGUGCUUCCGGAUGUUACUACUUUUCGAGAUAAAGUUUGGCCCAUUCCACAGGAUUUCACACCCUAUGAUGUGUUUGAUUCUGGAAAAUAUCAAAUCAAUCUUACUUUCGGCGAUUCAUAGCAGAAGCAUGGUGAAUUUUAGAAUGUGUGCAAAUAAAAGUUUAAGAUUUUAAUCGAUUA